AUGCCACACGCAACUGUAGCGUCAACAAGAGGCCCAGCACCUAUAAAGAUAUACUACGAGCUAUGGGGCAAAUCCACUGCUCCGAAUCGAGUCGUUUUCAUCAUGGGCCUCAACAAUUCAUGUCGGUCUUGGCAAAAACAGGCAGACUAUUUCCAGACGCUACCUGAUUGGCAAGCUCUCCUAUUUGACAAUCGUGGUGUCGGGUCCUCGGACUCUCCUUCCGGUCGUUACACGACUAGUGAAAUGGCUCUCGAUACAUUAGAAUUGCUAUUAAGUAUAGGGUGGAGUCAGAACAUUCACUGUGUGGGAGUGUCCAUGGGUGGGAUGAUUGCUGAGGAACUGGUAUUGAAAUGUCCCGUUAUAUUCUCAAGCUGUAUACUAGUAUCGACACAUGCAGGCGGAACUCUUCCUCCAGUCGACGACAAUUGGUCAGUCCCAUCGCUUACUUCCAUUCCCCGAAUGCUGGCAAUGAAGGAUCCAACCCACCGUGUGCCGUUGAUGUUGCCAUUAUUAUACCCAAAACACCAUCUCGAGGCCAAGGCUCCAGCAGAUUCUGGAUAUGAGACGAAUUAUGAGAUGCACAGAGAUUCAAUUCUUGAUCGUAUCAAACGAACAAGACCACAACCUCUUGCUGGUGCUAUAGGUCAAAUUUCUGCUGCCAUGACACAUUCGGUGUCUGAAGCUAGGUUGAAACUGCUUGGAAAGUCAGUGCCAUGCAUGGUCGUGAGCGGUACUAUAGAUAACUUGGUUCGCCCGUCCAACAGCUUUUACCUUGCAAAUACCAUUGGUUGUCGGCUUGAAAUCUACCCGCUUGGUGGUCAUGCUCUACCAUCAGAACAGCCAGAAUGGUUUAACAAACUGAUUCUGGAAUUCAUGUUGGAAGCUAACGCUAAGAAGGCCAACUCGAUUGCAGCCAGUGCAAAUGGACAGAUCAAUGGCACAGAAUCUAAACAAGCGCCAGUAAAGGCUGGACUUAAGGCAAAUGGCAAAUCUAAGUAG